AGAGAGAGAGAGAGAGGUUGGAGUGCUGUGUGAUAAUACACUCAGGUAUCUCUGCUGCUGAGUGUGGACACACAGAGGCCGGAGCUCAGACCCGCGUACACACUUCACCAGCAAACACUGUCUGGACCAGUGGGUAAAGACCGAGGAUGAACUAUUACCACGAGGCCAUGUCUAACAGCUGCUGUUCCUGGGGCAUGGCAAGACUCGCUCCUGUUGACGUGUAUGAGGAACCUUCAGUGGCUGGAUUUGCUGGAACCUGGUGCCCCCAGAGAUACUACUGCCCAGUGCGGGGGGAGCGGGCAGCUCAGGAGGUGCCGACGGGCCGUGAGUACGUCACUCCAGAUGCGGAGUGCGGAGAUAUCCCGUUACUGACUCCCAGCAGCAAUAAGAUGAUGUCCCAGGCCCUCAAGGCCACCUUCAGCGACUUCACCAGAGAGCAGCAGCGACUGGGAAUCCCCAAAGAUCCCCAGCAGUGGACGGAGAUGAACGUGACGGACUGGCUCCUGUGGGCAGUGAAUGAAUUCAGCCUGAAGAACGUGGAUUUUCACCAGUUCCAGAUGAGUGGAGCCACGCUGUGUGCCUUGGGCAGGGACUGCUUCCUGGAGCUCGCUCCCGACUUCGUGGGCGACAUCCUGUGGGAACAUCUCGAGCAGCUUCAGAAAGAAUGUAUGGAGGACGUGAAGCCGGUGGUUGUGAAUGGCCUGGUCACCGAUUACUCUGACAGCAGCUUCUUCACCAUGUAUUCCUUAGGUUAUGGAGUAGAGCACGCUCAGUGCGUCCCACCCUCGGAGUACUCGGAGUCAGGAUUGAUCACAGAGAGUUACCACACGCUGCACCCCAUCAGCUCCGAAGAGCUGCUCAACGUCAAGUACGAGCCAGAUUACACAGGGAUGAUCACACGUGAUGCCUCACUAGACACGUUACAGCUGGACUAUUACAAGCAGGAAGUGGUGUCCCCGGACAACAUGUGUGUGGGGCGCAUCAGCCGAGGAAAACUGGGUGGACAGGACUCUUUUGAGAGCGUGGACAGCUUUGAGAGCUGUGAGCGGCUGCCGCAGUCCUGGGGCAGCCAGUCCUCGUUCAGUAACCUGCAGUGCGUCCCCACCACCUACGACCGGAUGGAUUCGGAUGACUACUCCAGACUGACCGGCCACAAGCUCAAAGGCACCUUCAAGGAUUACGUGCGAGAGCGAGCCGACCUGAGCAAGGACAAGCCUGUCAUCCCAGCUGCAGCCCUCGCCGGUUAUACAGGCAGUGGUCCUAUACAGCUGUGGCAGUUCCUGCUGGAGCUACUGACAGACAAGUCGUGUCAAUCAUUUAUCAGCUGGACCGGGGACGGCUGGGAGUUCAAGCUAUCCGAUCCUGACGAGGUGGCCAGGCGAUGGGGCAAGAGGAAGAAUAAGCCCAAGAUGAACUACGAGAAGCUGAGCCGGGGCCUGCGAUAUUAUUAUGACAAGAACAUCAUCCACAAGACGGCGGGAAAGCGCUAUGUGUAUCGCUUUGUGUGUGACCUGCAGAGCCUGCUGGGGUACGUGCCCGAGGAGCUCCACGCCAUGUUGGACGUGAAACCUGACAGCGAUGAGUAGCAGUGACUGGAGCCAUCGCCCCGCUCGCCAGGCUCCCUGGGAGCAGCCCUGGGUGGGCGGGAGGACAGACAGACAGACUGACAGAUGACCACUGUUUGCUUGAGCUCCUUUUCUGUUUGUAGCGAAGACCUCGUGAGAGCAAAACUAACUGCUCUCCAACAAGGCAAAACCCAAUCAGGUUCCAUACAGAUCUCUAUCUCUCCCUCUCUCUCUCUCCCCUUCCCCACGUCCCUCUAUCUCUCUUUAUUGUCUUUAAUGAUAUUUUUUUUUUCCUCCUCCCCGCAAACCAUUGCCUGCAUGGUUCACCCAGUGACUGACCUGCCCACCGAUUGACCUUGAAGACCUGCUGUGAUGGAUGAAUUUGAUGAAUGUUUGCAAUGAGACAGGAAGAGGUGGCACUGCCCACAUGGACACCCAUUGUCCCCAACCUCUCCCCCUGCCCCUCAAAGUGGCGAGGUCCCUGGCCAUAGCUGCCUGCUCUGUCCCAGCUGGAUGGACUGACUGAGAUGUGCUGUUGUUUACUUGUUUUGCCAAUAUUGCUCUGUAAGCUCAUGCUACUGGUGGUCUCUUUCUCUCUCUCUGCCUCUCUCUCUCAGUAUUAAUGCCUCAAUCUUACCAGCUGUGAUUUGAUGACGUGUGUUCACUGAUGGCCUCAAAGCAACUGUUCUGUCAGAAUGUCAGGAUUCCAGAGAUGGAGUUGGAGAGUGGGAAUGGCAUUGACCUGUUUGGGGUUUAAGAUAAGUGCAAGGUUUUGGUGAUUCAUUGAUUGAUUGAUUUGCAGACCCCGGCGAUUGCGUUUCAGGAUUGUUUGGCUCGUCGGUUUGCAAUCUGAUUUUUUGGGGAAUGUGUUUGUUUCCUUUGUGGAUGAAGCAGAUGGAGAGAUGAUGAAGCCAUGGUGGGUGAGGGUUGGUGGGUUGGGGAAGGGGUGGAGAUUCAAGAGAAAUAAAUCUCGGCCAUUGACCUGUGUUCAUUGGACGUGUGAGCCUCAGGUUACCAGGGGAAUGAAUGAACGGCAGAGCUUUACUCUGUCACUUGUCAGUCAUAAAUGGAUUGACGUCUGCCUGGUGUGUAAUCAGUCUGUGCCCACUAGGCCACAUCCUGACAUGGCAGGAUACUGUACACACUCCAACCUAUGGGGGAGCUGAGGCCGAGGGAGGGAGAGAGGAACUGUCCUGUUGUUGGGAUGAAGCAUUGUUGGUUGUUGAGGGGAAGUGGGGGAGGUUGAAUGGUGGCUUGAAUUGGCCUCACUACUGAAUAAAGAGGCUUCACCGGUUUGGUCACCGGAUAAGAAGUGGUGGGGGUCGCUGUCGGCCAUCUUUACUCUGCAGACGUUUGGCUGAGCCAACAGGUUGUGUAACACAGCUUCUGUUGCUGAUCUAACUCAUCAUCUCGUCUAUCGGACACUGGUCACAUCGGCAAUGGGAUAACCCCGCAUGUACGCUGAGGCAAUAAUCAGCUCUCAGUGCGCCUGAGGCUCCCAGCCAGUUACUCGAGUGAAGUGACUUUUUUUGUAGGCAAACUCAACAGUCAAAUUUGAGUCCAUCAAAACUUUGCAAAGUCAACACAGCAGCAAGACAUUGUGUGUAUCAUUGGUGAGUGAGACUUGUGGGAAUGCUGUUGUGCACAAUUGGCUGCCGCCUUUCGCCCACAAAAUAUACAGUCAAUUCACUUUACAGUAUAUUCUGUGAAGCUCUUUGUGAUGUCUCAAUGAUGUGCUAAGGCGCUGUAUCAAAUGCGAGGAUUAUUAUUAUCCAACACAGCGCUGUGUGAGGCCUCAAACCUCCUGUGGAUGCGACCAGUGGAGACCAGCAAUACGUACAUUCCAUUAUGCUGUUCCUUUUUCCAAAAACUGCCUCAACGGUUUUGAUAUCUAAAACAUACAAAUGUUUAUUGCUGCAGGUUGUUUUUUCAAAGUCUAAUUAAGAAUAUUAGUUACUGAAACUAAAACGAAGAUGAUUUUAUUGUAUUUUUGUUCAUUGACAUUUUUUACGCCUUUUUUUGACGGAAAUAAUUUAUAUUUUUUAAAAUGAUCGGGGGGGAAAUAAAUACCAAAAACCGCGAGAGGAAAGCUGGUGCUUUUAUUUUGUAAUCUGAAGUAGCUUAGAGAUGUAGCGGCCUCGUUCAAACAGAUUGGUAUAAAUGUUAGUUGCUGAUGCUGGCACAUCAAGGUUGCUGGAAAUAUUUUAUAUACUGUAGCCUUAUUCCUUACUGUAGUUACAUUGUGAAAACUGCUUUGUAAAAAGAAAUGAGCUGUGAAAUUUGACUUAUUCUUUUUUUAAGACUUAAAACUGCCAUUGGAGUCUCCUUUCUCCUUUCCCCAACCCCAAAGCCUUGGCUCUCGCCGACAUGUACCUAACACUCUCCGUCUGGAAUCAGGCAACCAGGGUGCGUCCCUCCAGGGAAGGAGAUUGUGAAAGGAGAGCGGGGGAGAGAAUGUGCGUACUCCAUCCCAGACAUGGGAGAUGUCCGUAUGUAGGUGGCAUGUGAGCAUGUGGAUCUCCCAAUCUGGUUUGGAGACUCUCAGGCACUGAGAUUGGUUUCUGUCUGUGUCAGACACCCAGCUGACCAAAAAGAAAAAGCCAAAUUUGUUUUUGAAGGAUUGUCCAUCCAUUAAAAUAAGUUGCUAUCUACCUCUACAGCUCUGGCCCAAAUCUCUGCUCUCUACGGCCUAACGUGGGAGGCUAGGAUCAAACUGACAGUGUCUCCAAACCUCGGUCAGAGGAAACUCCAUGACUUUGUACAAAAAAAGUGUGUUUUUUAUAUAAAAGUUUAUUCAGAAUUGUUUCAAUAAAGCAAAAAAAAAAGGCUU